AUGGGAAUCGAUCUGCAUCUGCUCCAAGCCGAGAAGGGCGGCGACCUCGAGGCGGUGCUCGCGUCGGAAAAGAAACGUUUCGCAAAGGUCGACUAUGUCAACCCAACCUUGGCGCUUUACAAGGAGUGGGUCAAACGUGAGUGGGGUCUGAUGCGCUCACAGGAUAGGAUUCGUACUGAUGAUUUUUCGAUCAUGUCUCUACACCCGUCGACCGUGGACAACCUGAUGCGGUGAACCCACUCUGGGUCCGGGGACCCUUGACUCGAUUGCUUCGCGAUGCGCCUGCUUGGGUAUGGAUCGAUUCGCACGGCCGAUAGUGUCGUUCGACAAGGCCAAUCUGCAGAAGAAGAUCAACUCGAUCCAAAAGGAGAUUGGUCUCAAGAUGAAGGUGAGCAGCUGCGACGCGAGCUGAUGGGUGCUGGGGCCAUCCGUUCGUUGCAGAACCGUCGUGCUGACCCCUCCCCUGUGUUGUCCUUCAUUCUAUGGCAUCUUCUUGACGACCAGGCCAAGGAGGACGCUACACAACUCAAGGCCGACAAGACCGCGGUCGAGAAGGAGGUCGCCGAGAUGAUGGUCAAGGUCAACGACGCCGAGGUCGAGAUGAGGCGCUCGGCUCACAAGAUUGGCAACAUCGUUCACUCGAGUGUACCCGUCUCGGAGACCGAGGUUAGCUUGAAUUCCUGAGCUGGGUGAACUCUAGUCUCUGGGCUGGGCUGACCCCUUCGUCUUGACAUCCGCAUCCGAACAGGACGACAAUCGAGUCGAAAGGACUUUUCACCCCGACGGCACGACCCCUAACAACGAGAUGACCAAGCCACUCAAGGGCGUCGGUCGACACAUGUCUGAAAAUAUCCUCUCGCACCACGAGGUCAUGUACCGACUCAACAUCUUCGAGAUGGAACGAGGUCAGUCAGCCUAGUCUUGUCAGGAAGCGAGCCGCCGAUUGACUGAAUCUUCGAACCGGUCUUCUUUCGUUACAGGUGCCAAGGUUGCUGGCCACCGAGGAUACUACUUGACGGGUGACGGUGUUGACUUGAACCAGGCCAUGAUCAGCUACGGUCUUUCGUUCCUCGCCGGCAAGGGCUACAAGAAGAUCCAACCCCCGUUUUUCAUGAACCGCGCGACGAUGGCCAAGACCGCCCAGCUCGAGGAGUUCGAUGAGGCCUUGUACAAGAUCGAAGGCAAGGGGGUCGAUCUCGAAGAUACGGAGAAAUACCUUAUCGCGACCAGUGAACAACCUAUUUCGGCGUUGCACAUGGACGAAUGGUUCGAAAAGCCUAGCGAGCAGUUGCCGAUCCGGUACGCCGGUUAUUCGACCUGCUUCAGGAAGGAAGCUGGAUCGAGUGGGCGUGAUGUUUUGGGUAUCUUCCGCGUGCAUCAAUUCGAAAAGGUCGAGCAGGUAGGUCAAGCCCACGUCCUUGUCUAGACGAGCCUUCGGGUAACUGACCGGAGCACAUUCGCACAGUUCUGCAUCACCGACCCUGAGUCGUCGUGGGAGAUGUUCGACGCCAUGAUCGCCAACUCAGAAGAUUUCUACCAAUCGCUUGGCUUGCCCUACCAACUCAUCUCGAUCGUAUCAGGCGCGCUCAACAAUGCCGCGGCCAAGAAGUACGAUCUCGAGGCAUGGUUCCCUCACCAGGGCGAGUACAAGGAACUCGUCUCGGUUUCAAACUGCACCGAUUACCGUAAGUCGACCUUCGAACGACUACGGUUCAGCAUGAGGUCUAAGCUGAUCCACUCGAUCACUUCGUGAAUGCAGAAUCGCGAACACUUGAGGUCCGAUGCGGUAUCAAAAAACAAGGCGAGAACAAGAAGGUCUACGUCCACAUGCUCAACGGCACAUUGUGCGCGACCGAGCGAGCGCUGUGCUGCAUCGUCGAAAACUACCAGACGCCCGAGGUUAGUCAUUCUCCGUACGGGUCUCGCUUCAGGCUAGCUCUGACAUAGCUCUUCGCCAUAUUAGGGGUUGAUGAUCCCCGAGCCUUUGAGGCCAUACAUGGGUGGUCGGGAUUUCAUUCCUUAUGGUGAGUUAGUAGUGGCGUGGGACCGCUACUUUCAGUUCAGAUGCUGACCCGGUUAAGCGCCUACCACAGUUCGAGAAUUGCCUAAGCCGACGAAGCCGACUAAGAAGUAA